ACAAUUUUUUAACCACAUUAUCUGUUCGACUAGUCGAUAGGAAUUGAAAAGAAGGAGCUCCGAUGGCCGGAAAGAGACCUCAUGUGUUGGCCGUUCCAAUCCCGCUCCAAGGCCACGUGAAGCCGCUCAUGAGCCUCUGUCGCCAAAUAGCCAAACACGGCGUUAAAGUCACCUUUGUCAAUGCCCAUUCUAUUCAUCACAAAAUACUUUCUGCAUCUCAAAAACAACAAGACGAAGACGAAGAAGAUGAUUCCUGCCACAGUAUAGUGAUGGAAACUGUUCCCGACGGUUUCACUCCUGAAGACGAUCCAAACAACCACUCUACGCUGCUCGAAAAUCUCCCAAGGACAAUGCCACAAAGCUUAACCGAUUUGAUUCAAAGGAUCAACACCUCCAAUCCUUACGAGAAGGUUACCUGUCUCAUUGCUGAUAUCGCAUUUUCAUGGAUUUUUGAAACUGCAGAAAAGAUGGGAGCCGAGCCUGUCGCCUUUUCCACACCUUCCGUCGCCAAUUUGGCCUUCAUGCUUCACACUCCCAAACUCUUAGAGCAAGGAAUUCUUAAUAUAAAUGGAUCUCUCCAAACUGGGGAUGUAGUUAGUCUUUCAAACGAUAUACCUUCUUGGAGGAAUGGUGAAUUUCUAUGGAGUUUCUCUAGAGACCCGGAAAUAGAAAAGGUGUUAUUCGAAUUUACAACCAAAGGAUUCAAAGACGAACCUGCAGCUACAGAGUUGAUCUGUGGUGUAUGUUUCUUUCGGAAACCUGCAGCUACAGAGUUGGUCCCUAACCUCUUGCCAGUCGGGCCCUUAAAUUUACUCGACUCCAACAAUGUCGAAUCCACCAAUUUCCUCUAUGAAGAUUCAUCUUGUUUACGCUGGCUGAAUACCCAACCAGAUAGAUCUGUGGUGUAUGUUUCUUUCGGAAGCUCGGGAGUUUUCUCUCAGCAGCAGAUGGAUGAGUUGGCUUUCGGGCUUGAUCUAUCGGGCCGGGCUUUUCUAUGGGUCGUCCGGCCCGAUCUUGCCAAUGGGUCACCAGUCGUGUACCCUCCUGGGUUCGGGACUGGUCUCGGGAAGAUUGUGGAAUGGGCACCUCAAAAAAGAGUCCUGUCACAUCCGUCCAUUGGUUGUUUCGUGUCUCACUGUGGAUGGAACUCUACAAUUGAAGGUGUGAGCAAUGGGGUCCCUUUCCUAUGUUGGUCCUAUUUAGGUGACCAGUUGCAUAAUGAGAGGUACAUUUGUGAAAAGUGGGGGAUUGGAUUGAAAAUUGAUUUUGAUGAAGAGGGGAUUAUUAGAUCAAGAUAUGAAAUCAAGAACAAAAUUGACAUGUUGUUUUCUGAUAAUAAGUUUAAGGAAAAUGCACUGAAGCUGAAGGAAAUGUGUGGUAAGAGUGUUGCCGAUGGUGGAACGUCUUACAACAAUUUGAAGAAGUUUAUUGAUCAUCUUUAUAGGAGAUGAAUGGUAUGGUUUUUAACUUAUUCCAAAAAUUUGUGUGUUCACGGCUAUGUAAUGGUUUCUGUUAUGUACUAGGACUAUUUUUUAUGAAAUGAAAUUGAUAAGGUUUUUACUUGUCAAACGGAUUACUAUGUAAGGGUGUUUUAUUUGAUAAAUGAAAUCGAUAAGCUUUUUAUA